GGAAGUAAACAAUGUAGACUGUAACGUUUGGUAGCCUGUUAGCUGGAAGCCAUCAAGGGAAAUGUCUUCAUUGUGGACUACAAAAUCAUGGAGGCUCUGCCAACAACAAUUAUGGCUGGUAAACCUGUUCCUUUGACAGCUGCCCUGUGCCUGCUUUACUUGACUCCUGCCAAGAAACUAAUGCCCAUUGCAAUUCAGCUCGGCCAGAUACCCUCCAAGGACAAACCUAUUUUCCUUCCCAGUGAUUCUGAGGUGGACUGGCUGCUGGCCAAACUGUACGUGAGGCAUGUCGACACCCUCCAUGGCGAGUUUGUCAGCCAUUUGCACAACACUCAUUUAACAGCGGAGGUUUUUGCCAUGGCGACCCUUCGCAACCUGCCGAAGAUUCACCCUCUGUACAAGCUGCUGAUACCCCACCACCGAGGUACCCUUUAUGUCAACACAAUGGCCCGUGCUACUCUUUACGGUCCUGGGAGAAACCUUGAUAAUACUUCGCUUUCCGCAGAUGGACAGGUGGUGCUGAUGAGAAGGGCCCUGGCCCAGUUGACCUACGAUUCACUUUGCCCUCAUGAAGAAAUUGCUGCCAGAGGCCUGGAGUCUGUUCCUAACUUCUAUUACAGAGAUGACGCUUUCAGGCUGUGGAAUGUCAUUAACAGGUAUCUAAUUGUUUUGAAGGGGACAUCUAACUACUAUCAUCCGAUACAACAUCUGCAUAAACGUACAUACUUUUACUUUUGUAUUUUAUGGUGUGGUAUGCUUGUGUCUGAGCUUAUAUUUGAGAUCUUCAGGUGAUAUCAUCUGAAACAU